AUGGCCUCCCGACGGAUGACCCGUGAGUCCUUUGAUGCCUUCAUGCAGGCCAAGGUGAAACGCUACCGUCUGGACCGAAGUGACCCCAUCGACGAGGCGCUUCAUCAACUUAGAGUUCAUUCGCGGCCAGCCCCACGGACCCGCUAUGAUGACGAUUUCAUUGACGAUAGCGAGGGCCCCCGUAGCGACUGGCAGGAAGACCCCCGGGAGGACUUUUCGCUGCCGUCCUACCGAUCGAGCAGCCCUGUCACAGAGGAAGACGACUACUACAGCAAAAGCUACGGCCAGCCCCUUUCCCGGAACCGAGACUACGUCCACCCGACUUCCCGGGAACGAGACUACGGCCAUUCGUCUUCCAUGGAUCGGGAUUAUGAAGGGCCGCCUAGCAGGGAUCGUGAGUAUGACCGCCCAGCCACUCGGAAACGGGAGUACGACCCUGUCCCCUCCCGGAAAACCCCUAGGCUCCACAACACAGACUACAGUUCUUCAGAACUGCUGAGCGAUUUUAGACCUCUGGGGCACCUGGAAGAGGAUUACAGCGCCGUGCGCAGUCAGAGCAACGACUUGGACUACGGCUUUGAGCUCGAGAGAGAAUUCAAUCUGUCUUUGCGAGGCGGCAGAGGGCGGGGAAAACGGGGCGGCUUGGCCACUCGAGGCAUGGCUAAGAAUAAAGGGGUCAUGGGUGGCCCCAUCAAGAAAUGGGAGCCUAAAAGGCUGCCCCCGACAGAUGAUGAGUUGGCAGACCCUUCUGACCGCCCCAAGCCGAGAGCGAUGCCUUCUAAUCGCCCCCACCUUUACCAGAGACCCCAACUGGCCUUCCUACGGGGCGGCCUACGUCCCGGGUAUCUCGCUUCUGCCCGGGGCGGAGAGCCCAACCUGGACCUGGCCCACCCUUCCGAUAUCUUUUCGACCUUCGGCACGGAGAUCAUCAAGUGGGCCGGCUUCCACCAGAUCCGGAAAGACGAGGAAUACAUGGAGCUGUACCGGGUUCUCUUCUCGCUGGAGACGGAGACGUGCGCCAAGAUGCUGGCGUCCUUCAAGUGCUCGCUGAAGCCCGAGCACAAGGACUUCUGCUUCUCCAUUGUCAAGCCUCUGCAGCAUGCCGCCUUGAAGACCCCCAAGGUGGACAACGAAUUCUUGAACCUGCUCCUGGAGAGGAGGGUGGUGGCAACCAAGAACUGCUUCUUUCAGGUCAUCAAGCCGUUCGACCAAUACAUGAUGCGGCUCCAGGACCACCUCCUGAAAAGCGUGACGCCCCUCCUGAUGGCCUGCAACGCCCACGAGCUGAGUGUCAAGGCCAGCAGCCUCGGCGAUCAGGGGCAGGCGGCCGCCUCCUUGGAGACCACCAUCUCCCUCUGCCGCAAAUCCCUGGCCCUCCUGGGGCAGACCUUCGCCCUGGCCUCUGCGUUCCGGCAGGAUAAGAUCCUGGAGGCGAUCGGGGUCCAUGAGUCCGCACCCCCUCCCACCUUGUUCCCCAACUUCGACACCUCGGCCUUGUUCGGGCGGGAGUACAUCGAGGUUUUGCAAAACUGGAUGGAGAAGAGCGGCAGCCCGAUCGUGCUGAAGACUCCGGGGCCGCCAGCUCCGAACGAAAGGGAGGUCGUGGAAACCAGGCCUAAGAUUAAGGUCCUGGAGCGCGCAGAUCCAAAAGUUGUCGACACCAUUGAGAAGCUGGUGAACGUUGUGAUUUCGGGCUCGCUGCAGGGCAAAGACAAAACCAAGUUUAAGAGCAACCCAGAAUACUGGUUUUUGCUCGUUGAAGACAGCCUGGAAUACAAAUACUACAGGCUGAAGCUCGCCGAAAUGCAGCGGCUGAUGGCCGCGCCCAAGGAGGAGCCGAAGGAGGAGAAGACCCCCGAAGAGCGCGCCUCGGAAUCCGUGAGAGCGAUGCUGUAUGCAAGGAAAGUGGCCAGCAUCAAGCGGAGGCUUUUCCGGAGGAAGCGCCCGGGGAUCCUUCAGCUGGCUGCCCGAGCCCGGAAGGCCAGGAAGUCCACCGUCGGGACCCAGACGCUCCUGUCAGCUGGGACGAUGCUCAAGCAUCAGCGCCUGCGCAACCAGGGGUCUUCCUCGCCUGCGGGGGCGGGCCCCUCCUUCUCGGACGAAGCUGACCGUCCCGUCUGCAGCGGAGAUACGGAAGAGCCGCUGCCCGCGGAGGAAGCAACGGCUGCUGGGCCCUGCGAGGAAGCUCCGGGACCCGCCCAUCCCCUGGCAGGCCAGUUCCCCGAUGUGGAUGUGAAAACGAUGGCGACAGCCGAGAAGCUGGCCAAGUUUGUGGCCCAGGUGGGGCCGGAGAUCGAACAGUUCAGCAUCGACAACAGCGCCGACAACCCAGACCUCUGGUUUCUGCAGGAUCAAGAGAGCUCGGCUUUCAAGUUCUAUCGCACCAAAGUCUACGAGCUGUGUCCUUCCAUCAACUUUAACUCGGUGCAAGAAUCCGUGGACCCCAGCCAAAGUCAGGAAUAUCUGGAGGGUGACGGGGGUGCAGAAGAGGAGGAGGAGGACGACGAUGAAGAAGCCGAGUUAGAGGAAGAGGCCCCUCCGAUGGAAACAGAGGCCCCUCAGACGGAAAGAGAGGGAGGCGAGGAGGCAGAAGAAACGCCCGCCGAGGAAGGGGCCAGCAAAACAGACGAGCUGGGCACGGCCGAGGAAGGGCAGGCCAGCUCCUCCUCCGAAGGCGCCGCCCUACAGCUGGUUGCCCAGGGGGCACCCAGCGCCCCUCCUCAGCGCAAGAGAAUCAGUAGCAAGUCCUUGAAAGUGGGCAUGAUCCCGGCCCAGAAGAGGGUCUGCCAUGUUGAAGAGCCGCAAGUCCACGAGCCUGUCCGGAUCGCUUACGAUCGACCGCGUGGCUACACUGCUUACAAGAGGAAAAAGUUUCCGAAGACCAAGGACACAGAGUUCCUGCAGAAGAAACUGACGGGGAAGAAUAUCGGCUUCCAGAUGCUCAAGAAGAUGGGCUGGCAGGAGGGGCGCGGCCUUGGGUCGCACGGCGACGGGAUCCGGGAGCCGAUCAAAGUGGGCUCUACCUCUGCAGGGGAGGGCUUGGGUGUUGCUGGGGAGGAGAAGAAGGAAGAUACAUUUGACACCUUCCGCCGGAGAAUGAUAAACAUGUACAAUCUGAAGAGAGGCUGUAAAUAGGUAGGUGUAUGGAGAAGCUGGUUUCCCUGAUUUUGAAUUCUU